AGAAGAUUCUAUGAAUUAAAGUGGAGAGCUCUCUUCGAUUUUUAAUCUCUGUUGACGGGAUCCCAAAAAGGAGAUAAGACAGGAUCAGGUGCUUGGUAACAAGAAGUGAAAGUGAAAGUAAAAUUGUACCGUGAUGGACCCGAUGGCGAUGCUGUACACGGAAGUAGCUACGGACGACUUGAAUCACGAGUUAAAGGAGUUUCCUAAUGGGAACGAUUUAGAGACAGGUGAAAAUAAUCCAGAAAAUGAUGAGGAUGAACCAGGAUGUAUUAAGGCAUUCCUGACAGAACACGCCAAAAUCAUCAGAAUAAUAAAAUAUGUGGUGCUCCUCCUCUUCCUCUACUCCUACACUAUAGCUGCUAGGAUACUGAACCCAGAGCACAGUGAGAAACUGGUCGCUCUCGUUAUAUUCGGAACUGUUUGUGGGGUCUUGUAUGGGAUAUAUCUGCUGGUCUUAUCCUAUGAUCCUCCAAACAUUGUGGAAGUGUUCGAGAAAAAGGUCCCAAAGAUUCAGAUGAUACUAGGUAUUAUUGUGGGAGUGCUCUUCUUAGCUCUGGUUAUAUUCUUCAUAGUUGAUAGUCCUAAAGGAUACGAAAAGUUCCGGAAGAGAAAAGCCCAGGCACUGCUUGGGCUCCUCUUGUACGUUCUGCUGUGUUACGUUUGUUCUAAAGAUAGGAGUAAGGUAAGAUGGAGGUGCGUACUGUGGGGUCUAGGGAUACAAUACGUGUUUGCAAUGCUAAUCCUCAAGACUAAACCCGGGGAAGACUUGUUUGAUUUCAUUGGAGAUCAGACCACUAUAUUCCUAAAUUACGCCAGGAAAGGUGGGCUAUUUGUGUUUGGUGACGUUGCUAUGCAGGGAGCUUACGAGGGCGACGUUCCUGUCGCACAUAGGUUCGGUUAUAGUAUCUGGAGUUUUAGUAUCCUUAUCCCGACUGUAGUCUUCUUCUCAGCUUUUGUAUCCAUUCUCUUUCAUCUGGGAGUCCUUCAAGUUAUCAUCAUGGGUAUCAGUAAGUUGAUGUUCUACACAAUGCAGACGUCAGUGGUAGAGUCUCUGAACGCAGCAGGCAACAUAUUUGUAGGAAUGACAGAGGCUCCCCUCAUGAUCCGACCCUUUCUUCCCCGGAUGACGAACUCGGAGAUACACGCUGUAAUGACGGGGGGAUUCGCUACCAUCGCAGGUGGUGUGUUGGCAGCCUACAUUGGUAUGGGUAUUCCAGCUAAACAUCUCAUAGCAGCUUCUGUAAUGAGCUGUCCUGCUGCUCUGGCUAUCUCUAAACUCGUCUAUCCUGAACGAGAAAAGAGUGAAUAUGCUUCUGGGCAACAAUUCGUUAUUCCUAAGUUGGAGGAUGCUAAAAACUUCAUUGAAGCCGCAAAGAAUGGGGCAGCAGUUUCAAUAGGUCUGUGCGCUAACAUCAUUGUGAUGUUGAUAGCCUUCAUAUCUUUCUACGACUGCUUCCAAACUUGGUUCAGAUACUUUGCUUUGUGUGUAAACUGGGAUAUCACCUUCACGGAACUGAUAGGAUACAUCUUCGUUCCCUUUGCCUGGAUGCUGGGAAUAGAGGAGAGUCAAUGUCAGCACGCCGGGGAGUUGCUCGCUUUGAAGAUAUUAGUUAACGAGUACGUGGCGUACGCUACUCUGGCUCAGAAAUUAAAGGAUAAUCUUAUCAACACGAGAACAGAGGUGUUGAUGACGUAUGCUCUGUGCGGCUUUGGGAACAUAUCUUCCAUGGGAAUACAAGUCGGAGCACUGUCAGUGAUGGCUCCCUCCAGAAAGUCAGACCUAGCAAAGCUAGUAGUGAGUGCUAUGUUAGCGGGAACUGUUGCCUGUCAGAUGACUGCUUGUAUCGCGGGCAUCCUCCUCGACGUUGAAUAGGAGUUAGAGAUAAAACUAAUCAAGUAACUAGGAAUAUAUUCCAAAUAGGGAUUGAGUAACUAUGAAUCUAUAACUCCAAGAAUAGGAAUGAAAUAUAGAACUCCACAGUUAGAACCCCUCAGAUCAGAUAUACUGUGUUGCAACCACUUGUGGACUAAUCCAAGCCAAGUUGGCUCAAAGCCAAGUUGGCUCAAAGCCAAGUUGACUCCAAGCCAAGUUGCUAUAACACUAACACACUGGGUCCCGGGGCCCAGUGAAUCAAAACUUUUAUACCACACUUUCAGAUUAUAGGGAAUAUUAACAGAGAACACUUUCACUUUCACAUUAUAAGGUUUACUAACAGCGAACACUUUCCACUUUCCCAGUGAAUCAAACCUUUUAUCAGAGUUGAAAAAUACGUGAGAUAAUUUUUUAAAUACGCCGUAUUUUGCGUAUUUUUGCUUAGAAAUAAAAUACGUCAAAAAUACGUCAUUCGUUUGCAUUUUUUUUUCGAACACAUUUCUAUUUAACUUCAACGCUUUAUAUAAUGCUUUGGUAUAGCACGUGCCCAGUACUCUGAAGUCAUAUGCGAGGUGAAAAACGACAGAGCUACGCGAGUUUUGAUAAAAUCGUAAAUUUAUAUAAAGCAAUAGUACUUAUUACUUUAUUGGAGCUAUCAAUGGUACAAAAACGCUUUUUACGUAUUUUAUUCAACAAAAAUAAAAUACGCCGUAUUUAACGUAUUUUUGAUAUUUUAUAAAAUUCGUAAAAUACGUAUUUUUCAACUCUGCCUUUUAUACCACACUUUCAGAUUAUAGGGAAUAUUAACAGAGAACACUUUCACUUUCAGAUUAUAAGGUUUACUAACUAGAAACACUUUCACUUUCAGAUUAUAAGGUUCACUAAUAGUAAACACUUUCACUUUCACUUUCACAUUAUAAGGUUUACUAACAGCGAACAAUUUCCACUUUCCCAGUGAAUCAAACCUUUUAUACCACACUUUCAUUUUAAGAUUAUAGGGAAUGCUAAUACAGAAUACUCACGAUUAUAGUAAAUACUAACAGCAACCACUCAAUUAACUAACUUUUAGUUUUUACCGGCUGUCAUUUAUAUUAUUUACUAGCCACUCGAAUGAAAAGUCGCGAUUAUCAAUUAAGCAAGUGCUCUUUUAUACGAAUAUGCUAGUUUAAUAACAGCUGACUGUUUUGUUUUAUAUAACGAUUGAUUUAUAUUUAGAA